ACCCUUAACAUGAAGCCGAAGGAGGACAGCAGCAUGCUGAUACACAGACUGGGGGCCCGCAAAGCCAUUUUGGCCUUGGAGGGGGAACGUGGAGAGACGGGCGAUAAGACUGGGAAAGAGAGAGCAGUGAAGAUGAGCGUCCAAUCAGGAGUCAGCUCCUCCUACACGGCUUUCAUUGCCGUCAACACAGAGAAUAAGCAGCCAAUCAAAGGACCCCUACUGCGCAGAAACAUCCGUUCAAGACCCGUACGCGUACGUGGAGGUGGUGGCUUGAGAAUGGUGCAACUCUGUAAUGGAGCAGCCUGGCCCCCCCCCGCUAUGGGUGCAGCCCCUAUGGCCCUUGCGUCUUGUCAUUUUAUUACACGAAGGAAACGUAAAGCAGCCAUGCCCCCCCCUAUGGACGCACCAGAGACAAAAGAUCCUUUGCUGGAAUUGAUCAGCCUACAGAAAGUAGAUGGAUCCUGGGACCUUCAACCAUCGCUGGCCUCCAUCUUUGGAAAAAAGGAAGAAGAAGUGGCCACAGCCUUACCUGGAAAGCCUGAGUUUGUAUCAGUCUGGGCCACAGUGUUGGCAGUUCUGUGGCUACAUGGUCAUAAGAUGGACUUCAAGGAUGAGUGGCAGUUUGUGGCUGCAAAAGCUGUUGCCUGGAUCAGGGCUCAGUCAGGUAGGAGAGAGCUCUCCCUUUGUUUGAUACACAGUAUAUCAUAGGUAACAUCAUGCAUGCAUAUAAGCAUUUAGAUGAUAAUGUGUAUUUGAUCAUCGCAACAUUUAAAAAGUUCUGUUUUCAGGGGGUUUGCAUAGAGGUAUUACACAAUGAAAGGUGCGGUGGAAACACGAGAUCUCAACAGAUUAACAGUAAAUGUCAGACAAGCAAGAAGAGAGUUUCUUUGAAUCUCAUCAGCUUAGUCUUUUGAAUUUUCGAAAAUCAAAGAAAUCAAUCAGCUCCACAAUAUGUGUUUGUUUGAUUAGUUUUCUCCUGAAUAACAAUUUUAUAUCAUUCUCCUGCCUUCCUUCAAACAUUUCUUCAACAAAGGAUAUUACUAAAUAUGAAUAUUACUUUACACACAUUUCCCACCAAUUUAAAUUCCAGUAGGUAUUCAAAA